CGAGAAUCGGCUUGCUUGGCGGCUGAAAUCCACAUCGUAUGCGGGGAUGCCUAAGGGUCUUCAGUCUCACUAGUCACUAGUGAGAUAAUUAGAUCAUGAUUCGAUGUUGGACUAGGACCGAGAGUUGAUCGCGAAUUGAUCGCAGGUUGAUGCCUGAUUAACCAGACCAAUCAUCAGGCAACUGUUUCCUUGAUGCCUUAGGUGUCACCACUCCCGCCUUCCUUACGUAACGGCGAAGUCAUCCCCCGGCCAUUGCGGAGGCGGAGGCCAUCUAAUGAUAACGGGGAGCUGGAAUACUGACCGUCAACCUUGCAAUCAGCGGUGUUAGCUUAGCGACAAGCGCAUCGCAAUCCUACUUCACCAACUCCAAGCAGGCUAUCCAUCCCCCGACCCCGGCCCCGUUGUCCAACGCCCCGCCGUGGAUUCACGCGACCCCUCUCUCACCAGCUGGCUGAAUCCGGACAAGACCCAUUCAUUCACUGCCAUCUCUCCGGCCCUGCAACUCCGACGGCUUGCCACAGCUACCCACGCGACCUUGCGACCCCGAGGCUUAUAGAAAAGCAACACCGCUCUCCUCAUUUUCUCAUUGGGACUGAUAAUUAAAGCGCGAGAGGAUUUGUGAGAGCAUCUCCCACUUGGGAGACGGUGGUCUUCGGACGAUGACACGAGCUGCUGCUUCGCCGAUUCUGUUGCAGCUUCAGAGCUCGGAAUCGGCUUCCUCACAGGCGGCUUUGCUGCGAACGCUGAAAAAUGAACUGAUUGGUCAUGACCAGCGCAAAGAGGCCUAUGUUGCCGCCGGCAUCAUCCCAGCUCUGGGGCAGUUGCUUAGCUUGCGAGGUCCGGGCAAAGCUACGGGAGCUGAAUCCAACGGGGCCGCCUUGAAUCGGGCUUCACUCUAUCAGACUUCCGAUGAAUCUGAAGCAUGUCUCCAGGCUAUCCUGAUUGCUGGCAGCUUGGCCCAAGGUGGACCAACAUUCCUUGCUCCUAUCUUCGCCAGCGACAUCCUUUCGAGCCUUCUCGGUAUCCUGUCCUCCCCAGAUUGCCCUCCCUCCUUUACACUUCCGAUUCUGCGAUUUUUGAAUACCAUUGCAGACCGAUUGCCUCUACUAAGCCAGGAUCAAUGGCCCCGAGAAACCAGGCUAGCAGACUUGGUCUUCUCAGGCGAGCACAUCGGUUCAAUCAGACGAAUUGUUGCGCAAGAUUACGGUUCUGCGCGCAAUCGAGCCUGUAUUGAGCUAGCAGCUGCAUUGAUCGGAAAGCUAUGUACAGAAGAGAUUCACAAGACGGCUUUGGCAGAGGCCGGGGUCCUCGAUGCUCUCGCUGUCAAGAUUGCCUCCUUUGUCGUGGCGCAAGGCUUUGUCCUUCCCGGCGCUGAAGAUAGCCUACAGGACCCUGGUGCCCUUGGGGAAUUCCCUGCCCCAGCACCGACAUCCGCACGCCUGGCUCCCAUACUUCGUGCCGUCACUGUCAUCAUCGAACAGUCCAAAUGGCGGGCAGAACACUUUCUCUCUUCACCGGGUAUCAUCACAGUCUUUCCCAAACAAGUGCCUGGAUUUGCUUCGUCGGAUAUUAAAAGAGGUCCCUGGGGGUCAACUUACCUAUCCGGCUCCGCAGUGCCGCGUAACACCGGUGGCAAUCCAGUUGAUGCUCUGCUGCCAUCAGUGCCUCUGGCACAUGGAAGAUCAUCACCAAACUCGGCCAAUUUCCCACCUCUGGGGAACGGUGGCUCUCAGCGUCGCCAUAGCCACUCCUUCCCUACGCCGUUCUCGCUGGCCGAGACGCCAACCCAGGAAGAGGAAGAAAACUCCAUCGUCCCAUGGCUACUAUGUAUUCUUCGCUCCGAAGAAGGUAUGGUGCGAUUGAUGGCUGCUCGUUUGGUUACGGUACUCUUCCGCCUGGGUCUCUCGAAGAAGCAUCGGGUCCCAAUGUUCAGUUACUUGUUGGUGCCAAUUCUGCUUCGCAUGCUCGACAAGGACUUUGAAAUUCCAGACAACCAUGAUCCUUGCGAUGAUGGCCUGAUUACCCCAACGCAGCGCUUGAAGGAGGAGGCACCCGCUGUAUUGGCUAACCUGGUUAUGGACGAUCAAGAUCUUCAGAAACACGCCGUAGAUGGCAACGCGCUCAAGAGGUUAUCUCAACUACUCAAGGAGACUUACAAUCCUGUCUCCGAGAGCUUGCGACCAAUGUGGUAUGCGGAGGGCGAUGGCCCAGCACGAGAUCCCGAGUCCAUGUCUGCAGACUGCCGUCUCGGACCUCCUGGGUACUCUCCCACUCUAUGCCAUGUCAUGCGGUACCGUGAGAGUAUUUUGAAGGCCCUGGCGGCACUGGUCCCAUUCAAGGACGAGUAUCGCAAGGCAGUCUGUGAAAAUGGCGUGGUUCCAUAUAUCAUCGAUUCACUCAAACCUCGGCCUAGCGAUGCGCCAGCCGAUGCCGCUUCUAUGCCUAAAAACUCAGCUUCCGACGGCAAUCCCACGCCGACAAUCCUAGCCGCAUGUGGUGCUGCUAGGAUGUUGACCAGAUCAGUUAGUGUAUUGAGGACCAGUCUCAUUGAUGCCGGUGUCGCUCAGCCGUUGUUCGUUUUGAUCAAGCAUCCCGACUUGGAAGUCCAGAUUGCGGCCACGGCAGCAAUUUGUAACUUGGCGCUGGAUUUCAGUCCCAUGAAACAGGCAAUCAUAUCGUCCGACAUUAUUCCGAUUCUCUGCGAGCAUGCUCGCUCGUCUAACACCAAAUUGCGAAUCGAAUCACUCUGGGCACUGAAACAUGUGGUUUACGACUCACCAAAUGACGUUAGGAUGAAAGUCAUCGAAGCUCUUACCCCGGGAUGGAUCCGGCAAAUCAUCAGCCAAGAUCAAGUCAGCGCAUUAGCACGACGAGGGUUGGAUGAGGAGGAGGCAGAUCAAAGCUCCGGAAUUGCCAUGGGCCGUGCCAACUCGUUCGGUGAACAGGUUGACAUUCUAAACCCCAUGGAAGACUCCGGCGAGCUGAGCGAGGACUUCAAAAUGGCCGACAGCAUGCCAUCCUCCAAGAUGAGCCUGGACAUGUUUCUGCCGGAUGUUAGGCGUCGACGCAAGCUUGUCCUGCAUGGAUCGCUGGAACAGUCCACCCAAUCUCGUCAGGAUGAUAUCGCAGUUCAGGAGCAAACCUUCGACUUGCUGCGCAACAUCAUUUGUGGUGAGGGUGCUGCGGAAAUGAUCGACUUUCUGUUCAGGGAAAUCGGACAGGACGAACUCCUUGAUGCUCUCGCCAAUAACCUUCGCCCACGUACAAUCCAGCUCGCUCAUCGCCGGGAAGCUGCCAGCCGUCCCCUACAUGUUCCUUUGGAGAUUCUUAGCUCUGUCAGCGGCCUGCUCAUCCAUCUCGGCGCGGGUCUCCUGCGCCAUCGCCAACUGCUCAUGGCGCACCCGGAUCUUUUGCGCUCAUUGUCAAAUUAUUUCAACCACUCCAACCGCGAAGUGCGGCUCAAUUGUGUGUGGAUAGUCAUCAACCUCCUCUACGUGGAGGACGCGAGUGACCGUGACGGAUGCCGAGAGCGAGCCAGCCAGCUGAAGGCGCUGGGGAUUGCUGACCGCCUGGCUAGCCUUCAAGAUGAUUCGGAUCUGGAUGUGAAAGAGCGCACGAAGACUGCGGUGCACCUUAUGAACUCGUUGACUUAGCCCUAGGUAUGACUUUUUGCUUGGAUACUGAACUUGAAGAAAGAACUGGAUAUGUGCGUCUUCGUUUGAGAUUUGAAUUGUGCAUAAGCUCUUUGCGGGUAUAUUCAGUUCAAAAUGUGUUUAGAUAGGAAUGUUCAUGUUGUAUAGCACUUGCCUUACCAGCUAUGUUCUUCUGCUCUUCUUAAUCGUCCAAUAGAUGGGAGAAAAUGGUUAUCUUAUCUUAUCAAUUUUCGUGGAGAAACCUACGUCAUAGUAAUAUGGUCCAGCA